AUGUCGGCGGUCGACGCGGCGUGGCAGCGCCUCAAGGCCGCCACCGCGCCCGCAGCCAUGGCGGGAAGCAGACUCUCCGCCGCUUCCGCCGCCGCACCUCCCGCACAGCCGCGCGGAGAUGGAGGCGGAAGCGCAAUAACCGCCGCUUUAGACGGUGGAGCGGCAGGUUCCGCGGAUCUUGCGGUGCAAGCGACGGCGGGAAAUCCGGGCGAGACGGUGAAGCUGCGCGACGCGCGCGUGGAGCUGAUUCUGACGCAGCGGCUGCGGCAGCGCGGGGCAGCGCAGACGGCGAGCGGCGGCAGCGCGGCGAAGAAACCCGUCCCUUCGUGGGUGUGGGACCUGGGUCUGAGGCCCCUCCCACACUCUGCCCCCGAAUCGGAUGCUGCUGGCAGUGACGCGCGGGGAGAGAGGAGCAGCGGAAAGGCGGCUGGGGGAGCGGAAGGAGCAUUGGGGAGUGCAGAGAGGGGGGGGGCGGGGCAGGCAGAGGGUAGAGGGGAUGAUGGGGUGCGGGAGGGGGGGAAUAUGGAGGUGGACGAGGGGAAUGGUCGAAGGAGUGGGGAGGGGAACAAAGAGGGGGACGUGGCAAGAGAGAAUACCACUGCUGCUGCAGCAGCAGGUGCAGAGCGGGCGGCAGCAGCAGCGGCGGCGUUGAGAGCGACACGGGCAGCAGCAGGGGGGGCAGUGGUGGACGACUCCAAAGUGCAGGUGCGGGAGGUGGUGGACUUUGCAGGGGAGGCGGUGGAGGUGGUGCGGGUGCUGGACGCGCGCUCUAAAGAGGCUGCUGCUGCCAAGCGCAAGGCCGACAUGCAGGCGUCGACAUCAAAGGGGUUGGACGCCAUACUGGCGCAGAUGGAGAAGAAGAAGAAACUCAACAUCCUCGACAAGUCACGCAAGGACUGGAGUGAGUACAAGGAGGGCACGGGCGUGGUGGAGGAGUUGGAGGAGUACAGGAGGAGCGGUGCCACGUACACGGAGAAGAGGGCGUUUCUGGGGCAGGCUGACCUGCGCGAGUACGAGCGCGAACGCGAUGCCAAGCUGGCUGCGCAAGCCAGGAGAGCACGGCCGGGGGGAGUGGAUUGA